AUGAAUAAUCCAACAUCGUUCAUUUUGUAUCCAUCAUCACAACAAAAAAUUCGUCUUCAAAGUCGAUGGUCAUUAGAUUCUUCUCCUAAAUUACGACAACAACAAAUUGUAUAUCCAACUACGACUACUGUAUCUGAUAAUUCGUAUGCAAAUUCUUAUUUUUAUCCAAAACAACAAUCCUAUCCAAUUGAUUAUGAAACGAAUACUAGUAGUGGAUCAUUUUCUGUUUCUGUAAGUCAAAAAAAUCAUUAUCCUACUACAAUACGUUAUGAUCGACCAAACUCAACAACAGUCAAUAAACCAACGUUUAAUGUAGGCGAGCUUCGCCAUCGAUAUGAAGAUAAAACAGUUGUCGUCGUUAAACCAUUAAUCAAUCGAACAAAAUCACAAUCACAUGCAGAACUGAUAAGUGAUGAUCAGCAUGACUCUAUUAAAAAUGAACAAUAUUUAUCGAAUACUAGUAAUUUACAACUGAACGAUGAUAAACGAUUUGGACAAAUAUUUGAUAACAAUAUAAUUAAUCGAAAACCGCCUUCAUAUCCAAAUGCUCUAUGCUUGACGCCUUCUUCAACACCUGUCGUUUAUCGUUCAAAACCACCUCUUCCUAUUCAACCGCCAGUUGUACCCCGGCGACAUUCGUCAAUCUCCAAUCGUACCUCUCGAACUGUAUCUACAUCAUCUUGUUCUACUUUAAUUCCUGAUUCAUUGCAUUCAAUAUUAUCACGUAAUCAACCGGAAGAUUUUCAUUCAGAUGUAGAAAUCGAUGUUAAAAAAAUUGAACUUUUUUAUGGAAGUGUAGGUACUCUGGUAAAAGCAAGUCGAUCUAUGGCACAUCUUUAUACAACAACAACAAAACAAAUGGCCAACUUUGAAGAUUGGUCAUGUCAACAGCGUGGAAUACCUGUGUUGAUUUACAAUACAGGAGCAAAUCUAAAACGAUUGAGAGAAAUAAAAAUUAUACUUGUUGAAAAUGGAAGUUGUUUUACAGUAUGGACAUGUCUUGUUAGUCAACAAUCAGAAAUACGUUUACCUAAAGAAGGUUUUGUUACCUGUUGGUUACCUCAACAAAAUAUGUUAGCCGUUUUUAAAUUUGAUAAAAAUGAUGCAUGUCGCCUAUUUUUUCGACAAUAUCAUGAAAUACUCGAACGUGAACGAAAACUGCUAAUGAAUGAAAAUCAUCAAUUGCCUCCAAAAGCAGACAAUCGUGAAAAAACACCAAGACGUUAUUCUAAAAUACGUUCGACAGCACGAUCAUCCGAACCAAAAGUAUCAUCUACACUGGAACCAACAUUUCUUGCAACAAAAAAUAACGAUCAAAAUCAUGAAUUAAGAAGAUGUCGAAGUUUAUCAAAAAUACGAUUAAUAAAAAAAUCGGCUAUUAGUGGACCAGUAAAUUUUGAACAUGUGAGUCAUAUUGCGAAUAAUAAUCGAAAUUCGAUUACAAUUUCACAAUUAGGCGGUAUAUCAUCUCUUAGAUGUUUACAUUCUUCGACAUCAAAUAUUUCGGCUAUUCCAGAUGAUGGUUAUUUAUCGAAUCGAUUGUUCUAUCUUAAUAAACGAGCAUCGGCAUACGAACCAAGAACUACAGAAGUAUAA